CCACUGCACUGCUUUCCAACACCAUCGCAACCAAGUCUUCUUUACACACACCGACUCCCCCAACGCUCACUGCCAGCAACUUUACCUCUCUCUCUCUCUCUCUCAUUUGGCCUCUGCAGAAAGCAAGAAAUCCUUCAUUCAGAUUAAUCUGGCAUCAUGGCGGCGGCUCAUUAUAGUGCUCACCCAACUAAACUACGCGUUCCUUUCCUUCCUUCUCCGCUUCACAAGAGAAUGCUACACUUUUUUCUCAAAGCAGCUCCACUGGAGCAAGGAGCGAGAGGAACUGAAAGAAGACUUAGGAAAGAAGGAUCAGAAAUUAGGGCUUCCAAUAGAGGAGAUUCAUACCUCGAUAUGUGGAAGAAGGCCAUGGAUCGCGAAAGGAAGGCCCUUAAGUUUCAGAAGAUGGUCGAGAAUUCUUCUGCUGCCAGAAUUCACUCCGAAGGUUAUGACAGUCCGGACGCACUGGAGAGGAAGACCAAUCAGUUCAAGAAGAUCCUCGAGGUUCCCAAGGAAGAGAGAGACCGUGUUCAGCGAAUGCAGGUCAUUGACCGCGCUGCGGCGGCAAUUGCAGCUGCUCAAGCUCUUCUUAAGGAAAGCCCUCCACUGAAAAAGGAAACUUCUUCAAUUCAUUCAAGCUCGCCAAGGCUUGAUAGGAGUUAUGGAGCAAUGGAGAUGGAGGGGAAUCCAGAUGGAGGUGCACAGGAGGUGGAUUUGUUUGUACCUCAGUCAGGAACUUCAUUUGGAACACCUGGUCCAGAUUUUUGGUCUUGGAUACCUCCUCAGGAUAUUAAUAGAAGUUUUGAGUAUGGUGGUAAUUUGCAGCCAAUAAGAAAGCCUACUUCAUAUUCAAAUUCAUUCAACUCACUGAUGGAGAAAGAACCAUUUGUCGACUUUCUCUCAAUUCCCUUUGAGAGUUCCUUUUUUGAAAACAAUCAUGUUCCACCUCUCCCACCCUUUCAGUCACUCAUUGAAGUUGAAAAGGUGGAUGCUUCUAAUUCCAGUUCAGAUAUGUCUUCCUUUGAAAAGGAGAAGGAACUUGGUGCACUAUUUUCAACAUAUGAGAUAGAAGCAGCAGAUGCUUUCAGCAAGGUCAAUGAAGCAUCUUCUAAUGGAGUUAAUCCAGAUGGUUCAAGGUGGUGGAAGGAAAUGGGUAUAGAGAGACGACCUGAUGGGGUAGUUUGCAAGUGGACACUAACAAGAGGAGUUAGUGCUGAUGAAGGUGUUGAGUGGGAAGAGAAAUUCUGGGAGGUUGCUGACCAGUUUGACUAUAAAGAGCUUGGUUCAGAAAAAUCAGGACGUGAUGCAGCAGGAAAUGUAUGGUGUGAAUACUGGAAAGAAUCAAUGUGGCAGGAUUUUACAAGUGGGAUUGUACAUAUUGAGAAAACUGCAAACAAGUGGGCAAAGAAUGGAAAAGGGAAUGAGUGGCAAGAGAAGUGGUGGGAACAUUACAAUGCCUCUGGCCAAACAGAAAAGUGGGCCCACAAGUGGUGUUGUAUUGAUCCAAAAACACCCCUAGAGGCUGGCCAUGCUCAUGUUUGGCAUGAGAGAUGGGGUGAGAAAUUUGAUGGACAGGGUGCCUGUAUGAAAUACACAGACAAAUGGGCAGAGCGCUCAAAGGGUGAUGGGUGGACAAAAUGGGGUGAUAAAUGGGAUGAGAACUUUGAUCAGAAUGGGCAUGGUAUCAAGCAAGGGGAGACAUGGUGGGAAGGCAAGAAUGGGGAGCGAUGGAACCGCACAUGGGGCGAGCAUCAUAAUGGCUCUGGAUGGAUACACAAGUAUGGAAAGAGCAGCAGCGGGGAACAUUGGGAUACACAUGUGAAGGAAGCGACAUGGUAUGAGAGGUACCCCCACUAUGGUUUUGAUCACUGCUUUGAAAACUCUGUGCAGCUACGGCGAGUUCAGAAACCCAAGACACAAUGAACCAUGAUAAGUUAUAUAUGGAGGUGACUGUUUUUCCCUUUUUCCUUUUACCUUAACCUGAAGGGCAUGAUUCUUUCUUCUGAUUGAGAAAGAUUAAGCUAUAUGUCAGCCAUGUUUUCAUAGACCCGGAGUUCUAAUUCAUCAACUACAGCAUGCAAUCGGACCAUCACCUUUUUUAACAUUAUACUCAAUUAUCAAAUAUAAGGUUCUUUGUUAGAUUUUAAAAUCAUCCAAUUGGUGUAACAGAAGACCAUAUGUAAUACAGUAGUACAGUCUGAUUGCAAGAAGGCAGAACUUAUCUCCCACCCCAUAGAGAGAUAAGAAACAAAAUGACCUAUUUGAGAUCAAUCUUUUAUAUGUACAGUCAGUUUGUCA